AUGCCAACCACUGAAAUCAUCACCAUCAUCAACAACUCGGGGAAGGUCCUUAGCACGGGCAAGCAACUUGUCGGCAUCUUCAAGGAAGCCAAGGCUGCCUACCGAGACAGGCGGGAGGCAAUCAAGGCGGAACGCGCCGGCAUCCAGCGAGCAAGGACCUUCAACGUGUCACAGCGUGCCCCCACCGAUCUGUACGACGACUACUACGAGGAAGAACUCGACCCUGUCUACAACGACCGCCGCCUUCUUCACGACGCCUCCGGCCGCCGAAGGUCGCAGGAUGACGACCGCUCCCAUGCCUCAUCCCACCACAGCCAGCGCUCCCGGCGCUCACAUCGCCGGCGCUCCUCCUCCCGCACUCGCCCUGCCCUGACCAUUUCGAACCUCCGAACCCACUCGGAAGUGUCGGCCACGCCGCCGUCUGCUGCCCUGAAACAAUACCAAUCGCCGUAUGCCGAGACAUCCCCGCGGGACCUGCAGAUAUCCCGCCUGACACUUCACCGGGCCGCGACCAUGCCCCAGCCAGCUGCAUCCGAAUUCGCGCAUGCAUCACCCCCGCUGUUGACCAGCGGUGAUACAACGCCCGUCUCGACCCCGCGCCAGAGCAUGAUGGUCCACCGGCCGCGGUCCGAGGCGUCGCUGAAAAAGAAGAAGGAAAUUGAUAUGCACCUCGCAUACGGGGAUAUUCCGCCAGAUCUGGCAAGCCGCACAGAUCUGGACCCUGUCGACAACGGGCCUGAGACCGAGUCGCAGGAGUCGCAGGCGCUUAAUCUGAUGGACCGCAUUGAAGGCUUCUUGGACGAGGCCCAUUGUGUGCAGCACACAGCUAGCGACAUGAUAGCAAAUCUCCAGCAGAACCCCGAGGCGGCGGCGGCUGUCGCACUGACGCUGGCCGAGCUCAGUGCCCUCAUCGGCAAGCUGAGUCCAGCAUUCCUGGGUAUUGUCAAAGGCGGGAGCCCAGCCAUCUUUGCGCUGCUGGCUAGCCCGCAGUUCCUGAUCGGCACGAGCAUUGCUCUCGGAGUCACGGUCGUAAUGUUUGGCGGCUGGAAGAUUGUGAAGCGGAUCCGUGACGCCAACAAGGAGAAGGAGGCAGCGUUCGAAAUGCAAUCAGGCCUCCCACAACCGGUGCCCGCCGCGCAAGCUCCCACCUCCCCGCCAGAACCAUCUGCUGGCAGCUCGGCCAGCUACGAGGAAGCGCUUGUGCUGGAGGAGGAGCUGAGCACAAUCGAGACGUGGCGGAGAGGAAUCACGCCGUUUGGCGCAGGCGAAGCUGCCGAUGUCGAACUGAUGAGCGCAGAGGCCGACCGCGCCCUACAGGACAAGUACCGUGAUGACGAGGUCGAUCCCGACGACUCGGUCUCGCGUAGCGGUAGAAGCACCCGCACACACCGCACGAGAAGACCACACCGCAGCCACCGCAGUAGCCGGCGGCACGACGAGGGCGGGGAUGAUGUUGAAGUCCCGGAGAGGAAGAGCAGCAAGAACUACACCAAGGGAGAUGGUGCCGUGAGCGAGGUUGCCGCCAGCGAGCGCAGCCAUCGCAGCCACGGGAGCCACCGCAGCCACGGGAGCUCGGGGUCGCGGUCGUCCAAGCACACGGCCAAGAUUGGGCUCAAGGCAAUCGAGGACAGCAGCAAGGACGACGAGGAGGCCUCUCCUGACAAGCCCAAGGAGAAGAAGAACAACAUGCUUAAACAGCUCUUCAAGAAGAUGAAGGACAAGGAUGAUAAGGAAAAGGAAAGAAGCACCGCCGUGUCUGUCCUGGUAUGA